AAGCAGUGAAAAGCCAAUGAAUGGGACGUUAUUUGUGAGCAAAGUGUCAAAUAUUGCGCUCUUUUGAUGAAAUAGUUUUGCGAUUUGAAAGUGAUUUCAAUUUUAGCGUUAAAUUUGUAUUGAAUUUACAUUUGUUUUGAUUGACAACAGUAUUGAGGAGACCAUCGAGUGAUGCCUGAAAUCACUUUCGCGAAGAUUAUUGGAUUCAGUUCUGAAGAUUCGGCCAAUCACUUGUAUGCAAACAAUUUGCUCAAAAGCAAAGACUUCAAGUCAUGGAAAUGCGACGAAUGGCAGACCAGCUCUUAUGUGAUACUCGAGACCAACGGUGACUACAAAGUGGACAACAUUGAGAUCGGGAACGACGGCUCGGCGUUUGUCGAGGUGUUUGUGGCCAACGCUGGCACCGCUUUGAGUGACCCAAACAGACAACUCAAAUAUCAGGUCCUGUUGUCCACCUCUUCGUUCAUGACUCCAUCCGAUAGCAAACUACAGGCGAAUUGUCAACGCAUUCGUCAGUUCCCUAACGAGAAGCUCUCGCCCAACGCCAGGAAUGAGAAGUGGAACCGAUUCAAGAUUGUCUGCACUCAACCAUUCAAUAAGACCAUUCCCUUUGGAUUGGCUUUCGUUCGGUUCAACACUCGGCCAGAAGAAGACGAAGAGAUGGACAUCACUCCCGGUUCGUCGGCCCUAAACAUCGGACCCUUUAGAUUGAGAUCCGCUGCUAAUGACGACCCGGAGUCAGACGUAAACACCGGAAGUUUAUUUAGAAAUAGAGGCAAUCAAUCAAACGCCGAUCCGCCGAAGCCUUUGCCACUGACGGCCAAACUUAGCGCAACUCCCAAACAACCAAAGCCUCAAAACUCCGUAACACCUAAACCAAAGACACCGCCAACGGUUCCCAAACAAGGGUUACCAUCACAUUCA